AUGUGUGAACAAAAUAAACUUAGUUUGGUUGAUGUUGAUUUAUUAAGAUGUUUAAGUUGUGAUCUUAUACCGAAAUUACUUAUUGAAAAAUAUUUAGUUGAAAUAUGUCGAAGUCAAAAUGUUCCAUUUGAACCUGAUCCAACAAUUAUGGCACAAGAUGAAUUUUGGACUAUUGGACAACGAUAUAUUCAAAAUUCAAAUGUUAAUGAUGUAAAAGGACCACCUCCACCACCAUCAAGUGGAGGUGCUCCCUCAGCAGGUGGUCACGGAAGUGGAGGAAAAUAUGCUGAUUCACCAAAUAUUCAUUUAAAUCAACCAAGUGCACCGGAGUUUGAAAAACCACCUCCAACUUAUUCAACAGAUAAACCGGAUCACUUAACAGUGUACUUACCAGGAGCAAAUAGCGUAUGUAUUAGGUUUUUUUUCUCUUAUAUGAACACUAUUCGACAUAGUUUUGUAGUUAAUUAAUGAACGAAUUCAUAGAGAAGAUAUUCUGUAGAAAAAA